UUUCAGUAGAUGCGCUCCCGCUCUCAAGCCAUUGGUCGACUUGCGCGCGUGGAAGACAAACCUGACGCUGAGUGAGAGGAUCCAGUUCAAGAGACGAUGGCUUCGAAGUGCCCUAAAUGCGAAAAGACUGUUUAUUUUGCUGAGAAAGUGUCAUCACUGGGGAAGGAUUGGCACAAGUUCUGUUUGAAGUGUGAGCGCUGCAGUAAGACCCUCACCGCGGGUGGCCAUGCUGAGCAUGAUGGGAAACCAUACUGCCACAAGCCAUGCUAUGCUGCCCUCUUUGGGCCAAAAGGUGUGAACAUUGGGGGUGCAGGCUCGUAUGUGUAUGAGGCUCCCGCCAACUCCUCCCCACCUGCAUCCACCGUGGACUCUGCACCCAAACCUCAGGAGAAAUGGGUCCCGGCAUCUUCAAGGCCGCCAUCUAAAGCUGGAAGCAUCACCACCUUCUCUGGGGAAGCCAACUUGUGUCCCAGAUGCAACAAGAAGGUCUAUUUUGCUGAGAAGGUGACGUCACUGGGGAAGGACUGGCAUCGUCCAUGCCUGCGUUGUGAGAGAUGUAGUAAGACCCUGGCAGCUGGCAGCCACGCAGAGCACAAUGGUCAGCCCUACUGCCAUAAACCAUGUUAUGCUGUCCUCUUCGGCCCAAAAGGUGUAAACACUGGUGGCGUUGGCAGCUACAUCUAUGACAAGGAGGCCAACACAGAGGCCCAGCCUUGAUUUUCAAUCCUUGGGAAGCCCAACUUCACUAUAAUAACAGCCACUACCAGUACCUCACGCACUUUCACAUAUGCCCCACUUUUUGCCUUAUCACGGAUAACCUGUGCCAGCUUGGACCUUUCUGCAGAAAAGUGACGCCACAUACUACAAUCAUGCCUUGAGCUCCAGCUGCACCACUGACAGUCCCUUGGCCUCUUCUUUUUGGUCCACUUGAUAGUCCUCUACCCCAAUUCCAACUAUCCCCAAUAAGAGGAAAAUUUGAACUGGUUAAUCAUUUCUGAUUUGUCCUAUGAUUAAUUUAAAGGUAAUUUAUUUAAUUGUAUACAGUAUCUUUGUUUUUCAUUAUCAUUAAAACGCUGUAUUGUCAGCCUGAUCUCACGGCAAUUCGUACAUAUUUUACGAGGUGGCUAAUUUGUUUGAAUCCGUACAAAUUCAUACGAUUUUUGCUAAAUUGUACGUAUUUUACGAGUUGCACAAUUUGUACGAAUGACCUACACCUAACCAAACCUACCUGUCACUGGGGUCUAGACAAAUUGUACGAGUGAGGUUGUAUGAAUUAACCACCUCGUAAAAUACGUACGAAUUGGUCGUGAGAUAGCGUUGGUAUUGUAGCUCCUCUACAGAGGAAAAACUAAGAUCCCUACUUAUACAGUACUGCAUGUACAGUAGGAUGUUUGUGUAAUGUGUGUUCUAGUAGCAGAUAAAACAACAGAAGUUCACUGAAGGAGUUUUGUUUUAUGAAGAGGAUCCGGGCUGUUUGAAAUGCCUGCUGACAGAGAGAUGAAUCUCGCCUUAGAGGCUCCACGCAGGUGCGUUCAGGAGCACAUCAUCAUAAAUCUGAAAAAUAUUCCCAAACCCAGAUUUACUUUUUGGCCAUAUGGCAACAUUCUUAAGUUUAAACAUUUUUAGAGAAGGUCUGCAGGAUGUAUGCAGACAAUAAAGUGAAACGGCCAAGCUCUUAUUUUUAAGGGGAGGACGGAUCCUGCUCCCAGAGGGCCACUGUCCUGCAGAGUUUAGCUCUAGUUCUAAUUAAAUACACCUGAACCAGCUAAUCAAGGUCUUCCAGAUUACUAGAAACUUCCAGGCUGGUGUGUUGGGACAGGAUGGAGCUAAAAUCUGCAGGCCCUCCAGGAGCAGGUCUGGAUACCCCUUGAUUUAUGGGGUAGCUAGUUGAAGUCCACAGGGACAGAUGGGAACAAGGGUGUAUGUGAUUGGUGAUUGGUGCUUGGUGACCAAGUAGCUGCAGCUAAUAUUUCUGAUGCCAAUCUAGUACCGUUACAUGACGCAUGGAAACGGAUUAAGGAAAAGAUAUGAAAAAGCUUUUGUAUGGUUUGUGAUUCGAAUAUUUUAAACGAACCCCAGUUUCUCAAAGUGUUGAAACUGAAAGAUUAUGUUUCCUAUUAGUUCUUUAGUUUGUUGAAAAUUCGACUAUACAUUCUUUCUGAAUGUGCAUUUGUACUCUCUUUUGUUGUUCUAAUAUUUUUUUUGCUGUAUCAGGCCUUUGUUCUUUGGAGAACUUUCUCAUGCAGAGUCUGCACGUCAAGUCCUGCUGCUUCUGUAUGUUUAAUCCCAUAUUAAAGUUUACA